CACAUACGAACUUCGUUUUACACUGCACACAUAGUUUAUGAAUGAAGUCUGAAUGAAAGAGGAAUUUAAAGCAAAAUAAGUGACAGAUUUGUGGAUAAAACCAUAGAUAAUGGCAGACAGCAAUGAGAUGACCAUCAACCUUGUUGUCCUUGGAAGAACUCAGACUGGCAAAAGUGCUGCUGGGAACAGCUUGUUGGGCAGCUCAGACUUUGAGAGUCAUUUCUCUCCAAGGUCUGUGACUACAUGCUGCAGCCUUGGACGCAGCUGCCGCAUUUUGGGGAUUAUACGAAGAAACGGCCAUGAGUUCGCUCUCCGUGUUCGAGUACUUGACACUCCAAGCUACCCUCACACUGUUCUGAGCAAAGAGCAGGUGAGAGACACAGUGAGAUCAGCCCUGGCUCACCACUUUGGAGAGGAAGGCCUUCAUCUGGCUCUCUUAGUCCUGAGGGCUGACUUGCCUGUAUGUCCAGAUGAAAGUGAUCACACCAUUCAGUUCAUACAGGAACUUCUGGGUCCCACAUGGAAGGAUUUCACUGCAGUUCUACUUACUCAUGCAGACAAGGCAGAAGAGGCUGGAUUCAGUGAGGAAGCAUACUUGCACAGCGCAUCAAGUACCCUGUUGUCACUUGUGAGCUCAGUACAACAUAAAUACAUUUUCCUAGACAACCAGAGGAGCAUAAUUAAAGAGGAAAGGGCUAUUGUCUUAAGAAAGCUCUUGACUUUUAUAAGACAAAAUAAUUAUAAAGUACUUCGACUUAAACACAGCAAGGAAUUAAAAUAGCUUUCAGGUGCUCAUUUAUCUAUUUGCUGUUGUAGGUAACAUCAACUGGAAAAUUCCACAUCCAUACCAAAUACCUUUGAACACACAGUUGGAAAUAUCUCUUUAGAUUACCAAACUACUUGCCUUUCAUAGAGUACUUCCGCAUCCAGAAUUCUAGCUUCAACCACAAAAUUAGAACAAUUCAGUGCUCUAAUCACUCUCCUAAUAUGUAUAUGCAGAAUAUACAUUAUAUGUAUGCAGUCACAGAUGCGAUUUUACGCCACAUCAGAUUAUAUGUUGCAGUUCAUACAUAACAGAACACAGAUCUGGAAAAAAAAUAAGUAAAAAUGCACAAGUUCAGACUGUAAGGGUGUCUCUCUACUCAAUUCUUCAAGCUUUUAGAAGUUUCUCUGAAUUCCAAAGUUUAUAAAGAGCUUUCCAGUAUUAAAAGCCAAGAUUUAUCUACUGUAAAAGCAUUUCUUUACCUUAAAUCAAGCUUAGUUAGAAUUGAGAUUUUGAACUUUAAGAGUUUUGUUUAAGACAACAUUAUUGGAUAUCUAGUUUAAAAGACAUAAAAUAGCUCCCAUGUGCCUAACACCACUUGGCACAUUUGAAAGAAGUAAUUACUAUUGCUCAUUCCCAGAUGCAUGAAAAAUUAACACAGUUUACAGGCACAUACCAAACUCAUUCAAAAAAAGAAAUCUGCUCAUUUCUUCUCUUGCAUCUGCUCCUUUUAAUGUUCUAUCUUUGCCAUUUUGUUUUCUCUCCCAGUUUAUUGGACGAAGUUCAAAGCCUACAAGAUUCAGAGUAGCUAAGUUUUUUAUUUUGGUCGUUAAAAAGGCGCUUGUUGUUUCAGGGGUUAGACAGUAACCAGUUAAUUAAAUAUUAUAUGCCAAAAUAUCUGAAGUAUCUCCAAAUAGUUUCUUGAAAAGUUUAUUGUAAAUUGAUCUAGAUCAGUUACUUUUUGAUUAUUAAAAGGCAGGAACAAAAAGAAGUAAUGUGAGGCUAUUACCAUAGCAACCAUGGCUACUUGUACUACACUAUUAUUAAAGAAUUCUAAUUGUAAAAACCAAAUAAGCUAUUUCUGUUAUAACCAAAGCAUCGUUUCUAUAAAGUAUCAUUGCAGAAAAAUACAUUAAAACAAACAAAAAUAUCAAUUAAUUUUAUACCUGUUUUCUAUUGGGAACAUUUUUUUGGCAGUAUUUACUAGCUCUGGCACUCUCUUUGCUAUUCAUUAAUUCUUAGUACUAUCUAUCAUUUGGGAGGAAAUAUCUAGCUGAACUAGAUAAAGAACUAUUUUAGCAAAGUGACAGCUUUGAUCUUACUGACAUUGUAACAGUUAAACUGUGGGAUAUAAAAGUAUGUAAAGUUGUGUAUCUUAGAGCAUAAAGGGCCAUAGUUUAAUCUUCCCAUUGCAAUUGACUGUAGAAAACACAUCCAAGAAAAAAGUUCCAGAGGCUUAAAAUAUACCUGAAAACUGCUUAGAACAAGGGGAGGGAACACUAUUAAAAGUUGGUUAGAAGAAUGAAGACAACUAUAGCCUUCACUGACCACCUGCCAGUCCUGCACGUCUUGAAGAGCAGCUAGCACACACGGAACAUGGCAGAAAUGUUUCCUUAUUAAGAUGCACUUGCUCCACAGACUCUCUAAAAAUUUUGGCUAUCCAGAAAACAUCCUUGUUUGCCUGUAUUUCUCCCAUGAACAAGCCUUGGCAAUUAAGUCUUGAGCACUAAUGGAUCAAUGUCUGUUGACAACACUUAAGCCCAAAGGCAGUAAGAAUGCUGAAUUGUGAAAAUGUAGGAGGUGUAACACAUUCUAUACCUCUGGAAGAGGAGUCAAACAAAAAAGGUAUCAGCCAUGCAUUUCAGAGGAGUAAUAUUCAUGGUUUUUAUUGUGCUUGCAUUACUUUCCAUUCAACAUCUGAAAAAGCUUCCAAUAACCAUUUAUUUAUUUAAUUCCACUGUUUGCCAUGGUCUCUGCCCUGCAGACUCCUUUCCCUUUCACUUCAAAUGGAACUCCUUUGUACGUAGCAACACAUUGGUCAUUGGUAUGAAGAUCAGGUUGGAUUUGCUCCCAAAUCUUCUUCUUGGGAUUAAGUUCCUUCUCAGGAUCUCC